UUAGCCCAUCACAGCGCUCGAGCGUUGGAUCCAGGCUCCAGCUGGUGCGUCCUCCGACUGCCGACCGCUUCCCACGCUUCUGAUACCCCGAGUUCACCGCAAGCCACCGAGCGAUGAAGACCAGUUUGUACACGGCGGUAUUGGGAACCUUUCUACUCGUCGCUGUUGUUCGCGCCUUACCUACAGUGCAGAGCAAACCAGGAAACAAUGAAGGAGAUGAAGUUGAGCAGUUGGACCAGCUUAGGAAAGCCACCGGCGCCAAGGAGAUGAAGGUGCUCAAGACCGAGAAAUCCCGCUUUGUCAGUGUCAACGGAAAGAUGCAGGGGACCAGCACAAAGGAAGAGACAGUGAAGGACGCCAAGUCCGGCGCCACGCUGGCCAACGUCAAGCAAAGCUCCCAGCUGGAGCAGCGCGGUCCAGGCGAGCGUCCUCGCAGCGUGUCUAAAACUCAGGUGGACGUGCCCGCCUUGGGCAUUCACGAGAGCAAGGUGGAGGACUCGAACGCCCUUCGACCCGGAGAGACCGGGCACGCGAGCCAGAAGAAGAACUUCAACUACCCUUGGGUCAAUGAGGAGCCUGAUCGUGGAGACUACACUCCUACCGACCUCGCCGAGUACAUCCUGAGAACUGGCGACGAGGAGGGCGUCGCCCUUGCCGUGGAAGAACUACUCCGCCAGGGAAUGAUGACUCGGGAAGAAGCCAUUGUGUAUCUGCAAGACGUCAAGGCGGAGAUGAAUUACAUCCGUGCGCAACAAGAAAAACUGCGCAGGAUUCAGGAGUUGCGUGAAGCCAUCAACAUGAAGAAGAAAGAUGAGUCCGUGUUCAAGCAUCGAAUGAACGACGUCUUGGGCGCCAAGGAGACGGUGCUGCCUCCGAACUCUCACAUCUCUGCCAAGGCUGCCUCCGCAAAUCAGCAAUCUAUAAAGCCGCAAAAGGCGACGCAGAGCAAGCUGCACACUGCGGCAGACCGGCCGUCAAGCACGGCGGCGCCGUCGCUGAAGAAUACGGCCCCCAUCAGCAGAGUUGGACAGGGUGACGUCGGCAAGGCAAGCGGCAACAAGGUGACGUCGUCGGGAAAGUUUACGCCGGUGGACUUGGACCGGAUGACGGAAGAGAGGGUCCCGCCGAGGUCACAGCCGGAGGCCGACGUCGUCAGCAUCCUCAAAAAGCUGAAGGGGGCCACGUCGCUCUAUGACGAAUACACCCUGGAGGAGAUCAUCUACUGGCUCGCCAAGGACAUGUUCGCGCACAGCAUAAUUAAAGGGGACCAGAGUGCCGAAGAAGCUCUGGCCCGUUUCGCGAACUUCGUCGAGAGUGAAGUGGCACAAAACAAACUUUCUGGAGAAGUAGAGAAAAAAGUUUUAGAUAUUAUGUUGGCUGCUUUGGUGGACAUCCUUCGAGAGCUUCCGAACAGUCAGUACAGCGGGCCAGGCAACCAGGUGCCGCAAAGGCUCUUCCCGGAAAACAGCGAGCGCCGGCCAGCGCAAGUGUCCAACAGCAGACCCAGAAGCCCGAGUAUUCGACCCCGGGAAGAUAAAAAGAAGACCGUUCCAGUAGAAAAACACGAGGAACUGGUGCCAGCUUCGCAGAAGUCCUAAAAUGUCAGAUUCUGCUGCCUUUUCAUCUGCUUCGCAGCAAGAACCGAACAGAUGAUGGCACCGUGGUUGCCCGUGUUAAGGAGUUCGUAUUGGUUUUUCUGCGCGCGCCCCCUCAGUGUCCUUCCCGCCUGUACACUAGCAAUUCAGUUCUCGUCUGAAGGUUAAUUAAAUUACGCAGUAUAGCCGAUCUCAAUCCUCGAGCGCGACAUUAACCCUGUACACCAUUAUUAAAGAAAAAGAACGCCUGAAUAGUACCCGCUGUACAGGCACGCGUUGUCGCCACGUUUUGCUUACAAAAAGUCGAGGCGCAUCUAUAACCCGGAGAAUUGUGUGUUAAUAUAUACCCGGUGAUGGCAAAUCAAGCGUACAACCAUUUAAUUUUUGUGUUGUGGCUACGUUGUUAUCUAAAUGCCAAUUAUUGGUUGUUUCGACGUUUCGUUUGUAGUUUCAUGGUCGAGAAUUAUUUUUAUAACCGUUCGGGACCGAUGAGAUGGAGACGUGCGUGCAGUGAUAGUGCCACGAGUUGAAUGACCGCGGAUUGAAAAGGAUUUUCGAGGUCGUGAAAAGCAAAAAAACAAAAAAACAAAAAAACAAGUAGUUUUUAUUACCAUUUUAUCCCAUUGAUAUUAUUGAAUGCGUUACGAAGUAGCAAGAUCCUUUGACAUUUCUCUAGAAUGAUGCCAACUCCUCUAGACGUAUUGUUGCGGGUGAUACGAUUCAUAUCAUGUGUGUUGUAAAUUUGAACUACAAUAAAAUCUCAAGAAUGUUGUCCUU